UGGGCUCUGGCCUGGGGGAUUCCCGCGGUGCUGGUAGCGGAGGGUGGAGACGACCGAGGGACAAGGCUCGCUUUCUCCACACCCUUGCACUAUUUCCUCGGCACUUCCAAGAACAAAAAUGGUGGACACUUGGGAGCCAGAUUCCAGGGGACAUCCCAGACCAGGAGAGGGGAAACCUGAAACCUUUGACAUCCAGGGCCUUGUAUCGGGAAGGACCCGUGUUAAGAUUCUUGUCCAGUGUGCUGCUCCAUCUAGCAACAAGAAUCUUGGAGCUGUGCGUCUGUCUUGUCAUUCCCCGUGUCUUUCGGUAGGGCGCUGUACCACUCCGGGCAAAGGAAUAAAGAAUCUGCCCCGAAGCCCAGCAGGUCCGUGUAAAUGUGGGAUUGCCCCGCGACUCCUAGAAGGAUGAGGAUGGCUGGGCUUCUCGCCCUAACCCGGGCGCAUUAUUGACUCCCAGUUACCUCCCUGCCAUUUGAUACAGGAAAUAGGAUAUGACAACGUGCGCAGGAAAAAGAGUUGUCUUUGGGGCCGCGAAUGCAUCAGGGAGGGGGAAUCAGAUCUUGGGGUUUUCUUUCGCUCCUCUGGUUAUCCGCACUCCUUCGCCCCGCCUCCCCUCUUUCCAGUUGUUCCAAAGGGGUGUGGUUUUUCCUGGGAAAAUGGCUGACGGCUGGGGUUGGGGCUGAGACUCGGGGCUGGGGGAUGGGAUGGACGGACGCAGUUGCUGGAGAAGGCUCCUGUUAUCAGAGUCCUGAGAAGUGGGGGUAGGGUGAAAGACCAGAAACUGAAAUCCGUUUGACAACCAGGACCUUGGAUUCGGAAAAGCUGGUAUUGGGACUGUCUGAAGUCCUGUUCUGUCUGCCUAGCCAUCCCAUCUCUGCCGUGUCUCCUGUCUGUGUCUGUGGAUCUUGCGCCUGAAGGCCAGUUCAACCCUAGGAGCAGGAAGAAGAGGAAAACUGCCCUGAAACAAGUUUGCAGGAAAUCGCUGUUACUCCAGGCCAGAAAUCAAAGGAAGAAACUGCCUGGACCUUUGCGGGUGGGGGGGUGCCUCUGCCUCCAGGACAUCUGCACGGGCAGGGGAGCUGCAGCAGAGCCUGCUGGCUGUAGCUGAAGACUCCGCAGCCCCAUCUCCCCCGCAUUUCGACUUGGGAGCACUCCUCUAGCCAGAGCAAGUCCUCCAGACACUCCCUGUAUCAUGGGCCGAACUCGGGAAGCUGGCUGCGUGGCUGCUGGUGUGGUGAUCGGGGCUGGAGCCUGCUACUGUGUAUACAGGCUGACCUGGGGAAGAGAUGAGAACGAGAUAAUCUGGAACGAGGACGACGAUGAGGAGGAGGAAUCUCGCGAUAUUUCAGAGACUGGGAAAGGAGCUAAGGCUAAUGCUGGGGCGGGGGCUGGAGCCAGACUUCAGGGUGACGCAAAGGCCAAGGCUGAGGUAGCUGUGGAACUCAAGAGUGGACCUGAUGUAAAGGCAGAGGCCCACUCAAAGGCCGAGAGUGGAGGUGGCCUAGAGGCCAAGGCCAAGGCUCUUUUCAGCACCCUGAAGGAACAGGCAAGUGCAAAGGCAGGUAAAGCUGCCAAGUUGGGUACCAUCUUUGGGACCAGGGCUCUCGCACCUGGUUUUCCCUGCCUAGGAGUCAGGGGUGGAGGCUGCCACCCUGUGAGGAGUGGAGCCAGGGCUGGGAGCAAGGAUAGUGGCAAGUCCAAGGGAAGGACCAGAAAUAAGAGCACCAGGAGUCCAGCUAUGUUAUGGCCUGUUCGAAAGGGCAAGUUCAACUUUCCCUAUAAAAUUGAUGAUAUUCUGGGUGCUACUGACCUUCAAAAGGUCCUUAACAUCUUAGAAAGAUCUAACGAUCCUUUUAUUCAAGAAGUAGCCUUGGUCACUCUGGGUAACAAUGCAGCAUAUUCAUUUAACCAAAAUGCCAUUCGUGAAUUGGGUGGUCUCCCAAUUAUUGCAAAACUGAUAAAAACGAAAGAUCCCAUUAUUAGGGAAAAGGCAUACAAUGCUCUUAAUAACUUGAGUGUGAAUUCAGAAAAUCAGGGCAAGAUUAAGACAUACAUCAGUCAAGUGUGUGAUGACACCAUGCUCUGUCGUUUGGACUCAGCUGUGCAGAUGGCUGGUCUAAGACUGUUAACCAACAUGACUGUGACUAAUCAUUACCAGCAUUUGCUUUCAUAUUCUUUUCCAGACUUUUUUGCUUUGUUAUUCCUGGGAAAUUACUUCACCAAGAUUCAGAUUAUGAAACUAAUCAUAAACUUUACUGAAAAUCCAGCCAUGACAAGAGAACUGGUGAGUUGCAAAGUGCCGUCAGAAUUGAUUUCCCUCUUUAAUAAAGAAUGGGACAGGGAGAUUCUUCUGAAUAUCCUUACCCUAUUCGAGAAUAUAAAUGACAACAUAAAAAAUGAAGGGCUUGCCUCAUCCAGGAAAGAAUUCAGCAGAAGUUCACUUUUUUUCUUAUUCAAAGAAUCUGGAGUGUGUGUCAAGAAAAUCAAAGCGUUAGCAAAUCACAGUGAUCUGGUCGUGAAAGUAAAAGUCCUGAAGGUAUUGACCAAACUCUAAUUAGGAGUCUGUCCCCAAAAAUAUCAAGGAUAUUUGUUUAGUUUGAAGUUGGGAACAAUGCAUUUUGUAAAUUCUUUAUUUUUCACUGUGCUUAUAUGGCAAAAAGAUCCUCUCAGCUGCUAUUUUGGAAUAAUGACUAUUACAUGUCAUCAACAGUGAUGCUGACUGUGAUGGUUUGUUUUAGGCUAGAUCAUUUUAAGGAUGUCAGAUGAAUACUAGAGCUUGUACAAAGAAAGCAUUUAUUGAUUCUAUCUUGCUACCUAGAUUGAGAUAUUUUUACUCUUUACUUAAACUGACAGCAACCUAACCACAAAUAAACUAUACUUUUGUAUUGGUUUACAUCUGUUAAUCUUGUGUUUCAUCAAUAAAGUUGUGUGUUUUAACCAGCAAAAAAUUA